AUGAACCGAAGCAACUCUAGCAAGGCAGAUGACCGUGGAUGGGUCCCGAUGACCCAAACACGCCUAGUCAGAACGACUUCUGGUUCAUAUAUCAAGUGUCAACCAGCCGAAUCAGCCUCGCAAGAUACCUUUGACGGAAGAAGCAAUAGUGGAGGGCGUCGGCAAUCAUCCGUGAGCGAGGCCGGGGCAGUGCAAGAUGUCUUGCUUCCCGCCGAUCAGCGUGGAACCCCAUCUGAACGUUAUAACCCACCACGAGAAACCCCUCGAGGCAAGCCAUCUAAAAAUACUGGUGGAGAUCGACAUCAGAGCAGAGAAAACAACACUGACCAAAACAUGGGCUUUCGAAAUUCCAACUACAUCCUGCCCGUGCCACUGCACUCUCAAGGGAGUAGCUAUCAUAAGACUCCGGUCUCACGGGCAUGGAUUCCCCGCACUGUUAACGAAGCAAUUGACAGCGCAAAUAUCCAGGCACUUUUCCCACAUACAGAAGGUCUCUCGGAAAAGAAAGUUAAAGAACUAAAAGAAACCUGCAAACGAUACAGAGACGAUGCUUACGAGACUGCUCAGCAGCCUGGCAAAGCAAACGACCGAGCAGCCGAACAAACCACUCGCUUGCCCAAUUCGAAGAAGAUCAGAUCAAUUGAACGGGACGCGCAGGCCGCGGAAAAUCGACAGCACAAAACAACCCCAGACAAACGAAAAUAUGGUGGCAGUAGUACGAAAGGCGACGGCCUUGAUAAACAAUCUAGAGAUAAAUUGAAUCCUAGCCCCAGUUCGCACAAGUGA